AUGACGUCAGAGUUAGUACGGGAUUUUACUGUCCAGGAUCACAACAACAGAGAAAUGGAGGAGAACCAGGACCCAGAGCACUGUACUGAUACCGUUACAGAGGAAGAAUCAGACCCAGUAUCUGUUACCACCGAUAAACAGAAACGUAAAAGAAGAAAGGGACUCAAACAUCACUGCUGUCAAGACUGCGACAAAGCCUUCACAAAAUCAGCAUAUUUAAAGAUCCAUCAACGCAUUCACACUGGAGAGAAGCCAUACAGCUGUGACCAAUGUGGGAAAACCUUCUCUACAAAUGGUCAGCUUAAAACCCACCAAUACAUACACACUGGAGAAAAGCCACACAGCUGUGACCAGUGUGGGAAAACCUUCGCUACAAAUGGCCGGCUUAAAACCCAUCAAUACGUACACACUGGAGAGAAGCCAUACAGCUGUGACCAAUGUGGGAAAACCUUUGCUUCAAAUGGCAAGCUUAAAACCCACCAAUACAUACACACUGCAGAAAAGCCGUACAGCUGUGACCAGUGUGGGAAAACCUUCGCUACAAAUGGCCAGUUUAAAAUCCAUCAACGCAUUCACACUGGAGAAAAGUCGUACAGCUGUGACCAAUGUGGGAAAACCUUCGCUACAAAUGGCCAGUUUAAAAUCCAUCAACGCAUUCACACUGGAGAGAAGCCGUACAGCUGUGACCAAUGUGGGAAAACUUUCUCUAGAGGCGGUAUUCUAAAAGCCCAUCAACGCAUUCACACUGGAGAGAAGCCAUACAGCUGUGACCAAUGUGGGAAAACUUUCUCUACAGGCAGUAAUCUAAAAGCCCAUCAACGCAUUCACACUGGAGAGAAGCCGUACAGGUGUGACCAAUGCGGGAAAACCUUUGCUACAAAUGGCCACCUUAAAUUCCAUCAACACAUUCACACUGGAGAAAAGCCGUACAGCUGUGACCAAUGUGGGAAAACCUUCUCUUCAAAUGGCCAGCUUAAAAUCCAUCAACGCAUUCACACUGGAGAGAAGCCAUACAGCUGUGACCAAUGUGGGAAAACCUUUGCUACAAAUGGCCACCUUAAAUUUCAUCAACGCAAUCACACUGGAGAAAAGCCGUACAGCUGUGACCAAUGUGGGAAAACCUUCUCUUCAAAUGGCCAGCUUAAAAUCCAUCAACGCAUUCACACUGGAGAGAAGCCAUACAGCUGUGACCAAUGUGGGAAAACCUUCUCUUCAAAUGACCAGCUUAAAAUCCAUCAACGCAUUCACACUGGAGAGAAGCCGUACAGCUGUGACCAGUGUGGGAAAACCUUCUCUACAUAUGGCGGGCUUAAAAUCCACCAACACAUUCACACUGGAGAGAAGCCAUACAGCUGUGACCAAUGUGGGAAAACUUUCUCUACAGGCGGUAUUCUAAAAGCCCAUCAACGCAUUCACACUGGAGAGAAGCCAUACAGCUGUGACCAAUGUGGGAAAACUUUCUUUACAGGCAGUAAUCUAAAAGUUCAUCUACGCAUUCACACUGGAGAGAAGCCGUACAGGUGUGACCAAUGCGGGGAAACUUUCACUCAAAACAUUACUUUAAGAAGGCACCAGCGUAUUCACACUGGAGAGAAGCCAUACAGCUGUGACCAAUGUGGGAAAUCAUAUACGACAGUCACUACUCUAAAAAAACACCAACGUAUUCACACUGGAGAGAGGCCAUACAGUUGUGAUCAGUGUGGGAAAACAUUCAGGUUACGCAUGUCUCUAAUAAUCCACCAAACCUAUCACACUGGAGAGAGGCCAUACAGUUGUAAUCAGUGUGGGAAGACUUUCCCUUUACAAGGUUCUCUUAAAGUCCACCAACGCAUUCACACUGGAGAAAAGCCAUACUGGUGCGUGCAGUGUGGAAAAUCUUUCAACAUAUUGAGUGGUCUUAAAAGCCACCAAAGUAUUCACACCGGAGAGAAGCCAUACAGCUGUAAGCAAUGUGGGAAAUGUUUCGCUGAGGCCAGGUCCCUAAAAAGACAUCAACGUAUUCACACUGGCGAGAAGCCGUACUGGUAUAGCACUAACAUACUUUAUAUGAACGGCCAGAGCAGACUCUACCUGCUCAGGAGGUCUUUUGGAGUGCAGGGGGCGCUCCUGAAGACCUUCUUUGACACUGUGGUGGCAUCAGCCAUCUUUUAUGGGGUGGUCAGCUGCAGCAGCAGCACCUCGGUGGCGGACAGGAAGAGACUGGACAAACUCGUUAAGAAGAAACGUAAAAGAAGAAAGGGACUCAAACAUCACUGCUGUCAAGACUGUGACAAAGCCUUCACAACAUCAGCAUAUUUAAAGAUCCAUCAACGCAUUCACACUGGAGAGAAGCCAUACAGCUGUGACCAGUGUGGGAAAACCUUCGCUUCAAAUAGCCAGCUUAAAAUCCACCAAUACAUCCACACUGGAGAAAAUCCGUACAGCUGUGACCAGUGUGGGAAAACCUUCACUUCAAAUAGCCAGCUUAAAAUCCAUCAACGCAUUCACACUGGAGAGAAGCCGUACAGCUGUGACCAAUGUGGUAAAGCCUUCACUUCAAAUGGCAAGCUUAAAAUCCAUCAAUACAUUCACACUGGAGAAAAUCCGUACAGCUGUGACCAAUGUGGGAAAACCUUCACUUCAAAUAGCCAGCUUAAAAUCCACCAAUACAUUCACACUGAAGAAAAGCCGUACAGCUGUGACCAAUGUGGGAAAACCUUCACUACAAAUGGUAAUCUUAAAAGCCACCAAUACAUUCACACUGGAGAAAAACUGUACAGCUGUGACCAAUGUGGGAAAACUUUCUCUACAAGCAGUGGUCUAAAAGCCCAUCUACGCAUUCACACUGGAGAGAAGCCGUACAGGUGUGACCAAUGCGGGGAAACUUUCACUCAAGACAGUACUUUAAGAAGCCACCAGCGUAUUCACACUGGAGAGAAGCCAUACAGCUGUAACCAAUGUGGGAAAUCAUAUACAAGAGUCACUGCUCUAAAAAACCACCAACGUAGUCACACUGGAGAGAGGCCGUACAGUUGUGAUCAGUGUGAGAAGACUUUCCCUCUGCACAAUUCUCUUAAAAUCCACCAACGUAUUCACACUGGAGAAAAGCCAUACAGUUGUAACCAGUGUGAGAAGACUUUCCCUUUGCACAGUUCUCUUAAAGUCCACCAACGCAUUCACACUGGAGAAAAGCCAUACUGGUGCGUGCAGUGUGGGAAAUCUUUCAUCAUAUUGAGCGGUCUUAAAAGUCACCAACGUAUUCACACCGGAGAGAAGCCAUACAGCUGUAAGCAAUGUGGGAUAUGUUUCGCUGACGCCAGGUCCCUAAAAAGACAUCAACGUAUUCACACUGGCGAGAAGCCGUACAGCUGUAAGUAA